AUUUUAGGGUAUGUUCUGUGUACUGUACCUUUGAUUUAUUACGUCAAAGUCGUCGUCUAUUGGUUUUACCUAUGUGUUUCUAAAAGUGAAGUGAUAAGUGGUAUAAUUAGAAAAUAUUUUAAUUAUUAAUUUAAGUUUGAUAACAAUAUAGAAACUAUAUUAAUUACACAUAUAUAUUUUUUAGUUUUACGGUUUAGUAUUCGAGUGUUUCGAUUUUAUAUUAUAGGUUGUUUUAUGAUGGAUAAAGAAGUAUCGGUUUCAUCUAUACCUCCUCCUCCAGGUACAACGGAUAACCCACCAUUACCACCAGAUGAUCCGCCACCUUCACCACCUCCUCCACCUUCUGCAAAUGACUCCACUCAACUUCCAAACUCUCUUUUAUCAACCCCCAACUGGGCCCAUUACUAUUACAACAAUUUAUACCAUCAGCAAUAUGCUCAAUAUUAUCAGCAAUAUUUUAUGAUGCCAGGAUAUAAUUAUCAAGCUUACCAAAAUCAAUUUAAUAAAAAAGAUGAUAAAAUUCAACCCCCUCUUCCUCCCGGGUCUCCCAUACCGCCACCACCGCCCAACACAAUAAAUAAUAUAUCUUCUCCGUUAUUGCAAACCCCCAAGCAAUUCGGUCACAUCCGUUUCCAAUUAAACACAAAACGUUUACAGAAUAACAGCAACCCCAUUAUGCAACUUAACAAUUCCCCAAAUAGCGGUGCAUCAAAGAAGAAACGAAAGCGCAACAGGAACAACCAAAAUAAUGAGCUUAAUCAACAACAACAUAUUUUUGAUACACCUCCUUUACCACCCCCGGAAUUAGCCAUGCCAAAACCGGCUCCGCCGCCAGAAACGAUGCCCCCCGAACCACCAUUGCCACCAUUACCGGACGAAGCGAAUCCCCCAUUACCUCCGCGAUUAACCCCAGAAACAAAUCCUCAGAAUGGAUUUACGAAUCCUUCUGAUGAUUGGCCUGAAAGCCUGAAAGACUAUGUGCAUCGCAGUUAUGCUAAAUGCAAAACUGCAAUCGAUAAGAAUCAAGUCGAGAUCAUAUUGAAAGGGAAAAUUACGCAGGCAUAUCAAAAUGGCCAGCUUUAUAAAGAUUGGAAAAAUGAACCUCUGCCGAACAUACAUAGUGAAAGGUAUUCUUUUACUGGUCAAACGAAAACUGUCCCGGGACAGUUGAGUCUCUUUCAAAAUAAUAAUGGCGUUAAAAAAGGUAUUUCCCCCGGUCUAGGUGCUAGGCUCGGCGCUAGGGCUAGUACUUUGCGAGGAAAGAGUAAGUCUUCUUCUAGGUCUAGGUCCAGAUCGCCGGUACCGAACAAAAAGUCCAAGUCCAGAUCAAGGAGUCCCAGGAGAAAUGGUUCCUAUAGCGACACUUCAACUUCAAGUAGCGAAGGAAGCUACAAAAGCUUCCCAACUAUUCCUAAGAAAAACAUGAAAAACAAACUAGCCGAUAGAUUAGGACCGACUAAAAAGAAAAACGCGAAAGUUUUGAAAAAACAGAAACUCAAAGAAAAGAAAAAUCAUUUUUAUUCGACAUUUGGUAGCGAAGUAGAAGAAAAUAGCGAAGUUCUCCAACAAAGAGCCGCCAGAUUUAAUAACGGCAAAUCUAACGUUAAUAAUUCGUUAGAAAAAGAACAACGUCAACCUAAUUUCGUGGUAGAUAAAUUUAGUAACGAAGAUACGGUGAACUUCGACUGGUCGGAUUGUCACAUCGUGGGUACCUGUCCAGAUGUGGAGAAAUCCUUCCUCCGUCUGACCAAAGCCCCGGAUCCGUGUGACGUCCGUCCGGUCGAAGUACUUAAAUCAUCAUUACAGAAUGUCAAGGAUAAAUGGCUAGUGAAACAGGACUAUUUUUACGCCUGCGAUCAACUCAAAUCCAUUCGACAGGAUCUGACUGUACAAGGGGUAAGGAAUGAGUUUACGGUUGAAGUUUAUGAGACCCACGCCAGGAUAGCUUUAGAAAAAGGUGAUCACGAAGAAUUCAAUCAGUGUCAGACUCAAUUAAAAAUGUUGUAUAAUGAAAUAGGGGGUUCGAAUCGUAAUGAAUUUGUAGCUUAUAGGAUUCUUUAUUAUAUAUUCACCAAAAAUACAUUAGAUAUAAUGACGAUAUUAAAAUCUCUUACAAAAGAAGAGAAAUUGGAUCCGUGCAUUUCGUUUGCUUUAAAAAUUCGUUCGGCUUGGGGUUCGGGGAAUUUUCAUAAAUUUUUCACACUUUACUGUAAGGCUCCAUUAAUGACCGGCUAUCUCAUCGACUGGUUCAUUGAAAGAGAGCGCAAAGAUUAUUUAAAAUGCAUCAUCAAAAGCUAUCGUCAGAACGUUUCUAUCGACUUCCUGAUGCAAGAAUUGGCCUUCAAAAAUGCCGAUGAGUGUUUAGAAUUUGUUGACCGAUUUUCUUUAAUUUUCGCCGAUACAGAAAGGACUUUGAUCGAUUGUAAGAGCAGUACGACGGCUCUACCAAAUAUAUAAAACUAAAAAAAAAUCCUCCGAAAACUUUAUUCGCGUCAAAUGAAUUGAUUUUCAAAAUUUUUUUUCUUCUUCCCUGUUAUAAAAAUAAAAACCGAUGAUCCUACAAUAGGUUUUUGGGUGAAAGGUGAAAGGACCUCGUGGAUCUUUUCCAUCCUUAUUCUACUUGUUCCUGGAUGAUGUGUCGACGUGGAGAAUGCGUUCUUCUUCUUUGAAGGGUCUCUGUUGAUGUAAGGAACAGAACAGGACCUUGCGUUUUCCACUUCGGAAGAUGUUGGAAUGGAGAAAGAUUCGAAUUGGUUGUUUAAUCGUUAUUUUCGUUGAGACCACUGUAUAUAUAGAUAUAUAUAUAUAUGAAUGGAUGGUGAUUUUUUCCAAUUCUCAUUGGUGUAUUGAGAAAUUAUUAUUAUUAAAUUAAUUUAUACACUAUUUUUUACUGUUUUGUCAUGUUUUAGUGACAAUGGCCGUUGUGAGAUACCCGUACAUCAAUUUGUAAAUAAUGUACGAUUUAAUAUAUAUAUUUUUUUAAAUAAAAGAUUUAAUGUU